AUGAAGCUAAAUGAGCGUCUGACAAGGCCCUUUCAAGCCCCCGUCGCCAUCCGAAGAUUCCCAAGCGGCCAGGUCGCCUUGUUCCGAAACGGGCCGUCUGAUUCAGAGUCCUCCUCGGAGGAGGAACUGGACCUCAUGGAAUUGCGAGCGAGGGGGAGAGAGCAACAGAGGAGCAACGCUGGCCGGCCGAAAGCCAGAGACGUGCUGCUGCUGGAAAGAGAAGUCGCCGAAGACGACAGCUUAAACAAGUUGGCUCUCCAGUACGGUUGUCAAGUUGCAGACAUUAAGCGCAUCAACAACUUCAUCCGGGAACAGGACUUGUAUGCUCUCAAAUCGAUCAAGAUUCCCGUGAAGGCCAAUUGCAUUUUAACCGAGGCAAGCGAAAUGCGUUCGGCUCCACAGAGCUCUUUGUUACCCGCCGAACUGCCCGGAUCUCCAGGCCCAGGGAACAGCCCCAAGGACGACAAGCAGAUCGAGCAGUAUUUCAGAGGGGUCGACCGGGAUCUCGAACGAGCAGCGCUGGCCGAAGCCGGUUUCAGCUCAGACUAUUGCAUCGAGACGCCAAGCUGGCCGCCCCCGGGGCCAAAGGCGCCCAGCAGCGGAGCGGACUGCGGGAUCCAGUGGUGGAAUGCCGUCGCUGUCAUGCUUUUGGUCGGCAUCGUUUUGCCCGUGUUUUAUAUCGUUUAUUAUAAAACCCAAGCCUCGGAAGUGGCGGCCGACACCUCCAACUCAACCUUUCCUGUCAGCAACGCGUCGCGUGGAUCAGUGACGGGAGUAUCGGGACCCGUUUCGGGGGCUGACCCCCUGCCCACUGCCCACGUCCCUAAAACAAAAGCGGUCAUCUUGUCAGGUGAAUGA